GGAUCCGGGCAUGUGGGCGGAAGUUGAAGAAGCUAGCGGAGGAGGAUUAAACUGUAACGUUUAACGUUGAUAUUCACCGACACAACACCGUUCAACCGGGAUGAAGUCCGGCAGAAAUACUCGCUGCUGCUUGACACGACGUGCAGUGAAGGAGAGCGAUGCCCCCGUCAGCUGCUAAACUCCUGGAGAAGAUAAACAUCGAGUUAUAAUAAAGGUGUGACGACGACGACAACAGACAGUGUGUAGCGGUUCCUCUGCAGGCCAGUGUGCGUGGUCAUUUGUGUGUGUGCGUGUGUGUGUUUAUGGUUGUGUAUGUUUAUGAGUGGCACAGCAGCUGGGGGUUGUAACGUGAUGCCAAGAUGCUGCUGUCCCUGGGAAUGCUGAUGCUGUCGGCCACGCAGAUUUACACCAUCUUCACUGUCCAGCUCUUCGCCUUCCUCAACCUGCUGCUCGUGGAGGCCGACAUCGCCGCUUACUCAUUUGACAACAAAACAGAGACCUUUGAUGACCUGCCUGCACGGUUUGGCUAUCGGCUACCCAGCGAUGGACUGAAGGGUUUCCUGAUUGGGGCACGGCCAGAAAAUGCCUGCGAGCCCAUCGAGCCCCCGCCGAGGGACAACAUGACGGGCGCCUUCAUCGUCCUCAUCAAGCGCUACGACUGCAACUUUGACAUCAAGGUCCUGAAUGCUCAGAAAGCCGGGUACAAGGCAGCCAUUGUUCAUAAUGUGGUCUCUGAUGACUUAAUCAGCAUGGGAUCCAAUGAUCUGGAUAUCAUGAAGCAGAUAGAUAUUCCCUCUGUGUUUGUGAGCGAGGAGACGGCCACCGCUCUGAAAGAAGACUACACGUAUGACAAGGGGGGACACGUGGUCGUCAUGCCAGACUUCAGCCUGCCGCUGGAAUACUACCUGAUCCCCUUCCUCAUCAUCGUGGGAAUCUGCCUCAUCCUCAUCGUUGUUUUCAUGAUCACCAAGUUUGUCCAGGAUCGACACCGGGCUCGGAGGAGCCGCCUGCGCAAAGAUCAGCUCAAGAAACUUCCCAUCCACAAGUACAAAAAAGGGGACAACUACGAUGUGUGCGCCAUCUGCCUGGACGAAUAUGAAGAAGGCGACAAACUCCGGGUCCUGCCAUGUUCUCACGCCUACCACAGUAAGUGCGUGGACCCCUGGCUGACCAAAACUAAGAAGACGUGUCCGGUGUGCAAGCAGAAAGUGGUCCCCUCGCAGGGCGACUCCGACUCGGAUUCGGAGGAGGGCGAGAGCGGCCCCGACGAGAACGAGGAGGUGUCGGAGAGCACCCCUCUGCUGCGCUCUCUGGCCUCCACCAGCGCCCACUCCUUCGGCACCAUGUCGGGAGCGUCUCGCUCAGAGCACGACCAGGAGUCCUCCGACUACGAGGACGACGAGCUGGACAGCAGCGACAGCGAGGAAGAGGUCACCGUGGAGACCGUGGUGGUGCAGAUGCAGCAGCCAGGCUCUGAAGACCACGAGAACGACCUGCCCCGAGCUUGACUGAAUGUUGAGCGGCCCGAUUGGUCACUAAAAACCCCCGACCUCUCGGCUGCAGAGACUUUAGUUGGGGGGUCACGACACAGAUUCAUCUUUCAAGUUUUUCUGUCACUGCUUACAAGACAUUGUAAUGUAUCCUCCCUAUAAGUUCAAAUCUAAGUUUUAUUCUAACGUCUUAAAAUGUUAGAAUAAAUCAUGUUACGGAUCAUCUUACGGAUGAAGCGCUGAUUUCCAACUGUGUGACAGGAAAUCAGUGAGCGUAUCCUAGUGACACUGAUGUACAGUAGACUUUUAUACUGUACUCUAUUUAGUCAUAAAAAAAGAUGCUUGGAAAAGUCACACAAGAUCCCGCUCGUUCAGUAAAAGUACCGUGUAUAUAAAAAGUAUAAAUCACAAUAAGUUAACAUCUUUACCUUUUGAUUAUCUCCUAUCCUCCAUAUUUCAGGUGACGGGGAAGUCUCAUUACUGUACAUACAUGCUCAUGCUACACCGACACUCCUUGAAGCGCUAUGCAGCAUCCUUUUCGUAAACUAACAUUCAGCAAGUAUAGAAAACAUAUAAAGCCACAGCGAUAUGGUUUUGCCAAUUUAUUUCUAUCCUGAUGUAUGAAGGAGCCUUUAGGUGCUCCUCUGUGUUCUGUGCCACGGCUUAUCUGUUAUAACCGUUCACACUAAGAGAAACUGAAGCCAGUUUGAGAAACACAUUCGAAAGUGAAAGAAUGUGCUCUCUCCAUGUGACGUUACAUUACGCCGAGAGACACUCGAGUGGAAACUGUGUCCACGCUGCUUGUGGUUAAACUUCUUCUGGCUGCUCCAGACCGGUCACUCCAUGUAACACGAGCAGUUAUUGGUUGAUAGGCCUUGUAUUUACACGUUUAACCGAACCUUAUCUCAUUUUAAAACAGUUUAUAGUAAAUAUGCUUUUUUUCAUAACAUGGCUUGAUUCUUUUUUUUUUGUUUGUUUGUUCAUGAAACCUGUUGCCUUUUUCAGUUGAUGUAUUUUGUCUUGUUAGUGUUUUUUCCUGCUCAUGUAUGUCUGUUCUCAAUACAAAUUCACUUCAAUAAAAUGAAAAUGACACUUGA